AUGAAUGUAAUGAGUCUGAUCUCACUGAGAGCGCUCAUCAAGCCUCGUCAGGCUGAUGCUCGUGUGAUGGACGGCGCACCACAUUAUGACUCUGUGUCGCAUUUGCUCAGCCCGAUUCACGCUCAACAAUGCAACGGAUCCGUCAGCUCGUACCAUUUAGACGGCGUUCACCGCAACAUGUCGCCCGUCUGCUGGUCACCCGGAGAACACGAGUCGCCCGAGGGCAAAGACGGUGGAGCUUUAAACCCUGACGCCGUUCAGACGUGUCCAUACUGCCAGCGGACGUACCGGCGCGACGCGUCUCUGCAGGAACACAUGAAGUUCUGUCAGGACGUCAGGGAUGGAGGAGACUGCGCUUGUCCUCUGUGCGGAUACAGUACGCCGUACCGCGCUCAGAUGGAGCGACACCUGAGCCUCCACCAGACUCACGACAAGAACUCCAUGUCUGAGCCCGGUCUGGAGAGCAGAAAGUUCAAGUGCAAUCAGUGUGGAAAGGCCUUUAAAUACAAGCAUCACCUCAAAGAGCACCUGCGCAUUCACAGCGGUGAGAAGCCGUACGAAUGCUCGAACUGUAAGAAGCGCUUCAGUCACUCGGGCUCCUACAGCUCACACCUCAGCAGUAAGAAGUGCCUAAGCGGUGGCGGCGUGACGGGUAACGGCACUCAUUAUAACGGCCAUCCCGCAUACCCCUUCCCCUCGCCCACGUCGCCCCCUACUGUCAGCGGGAGAAAGGGCUCUCGGUUCCCGCCAGAGUCGUCUGUUCCCGUCCUGAGCCGCUCGUGGGACCCGGCGGAGGAUCUGGCGCUGAGGACGGGUGUGUUUAAGGGCACAACGCUUCUGCCACUGCUACAGUCGCGCAACAAAUUCGAGCAUCUGCUGCAGGAGAUGCUGCGGAGGGAGGUGGGAGACGAGAAACAAUCGAAAAUUGAAAACUUCUCUCGGCUGUACGAUGCCCAAACGUCGCCCACAACCAAUCACGCGCCUUAUAGAAAGCUGUCGUCGCCGCAGCGGGCGUCUUGGCAUUCUGUGCCGCAGCAGAUCCUCGUGCCUUUACCGACACACGCGCAGCUGGAUAACCGCUGGCCAAGUGAAGAAAGCGCGAGUCCGAGAAAACCCACGUCACCCGCUUUACCCGAGCGCCAGCAUCCGAUUGGCUCACGCUUCGGCUCUCCUCCCGGCUUGGACCUGUCAAUCAACACGUCGCCACGGCAACCAAACCACAUCCAGAGCGAACCUUUAGACUUGUCUAUUCCCAAAGCGCAUUCGGUCGCGCCGCGGAAUCCUGCGUGUAACGGCAACUCGAUGCAUCACGAGGGCGUGUUCAAGAGACUGACUCCGCCCUCCCAGCAGCAUGUGGGCGGGGCCUAUGCGGCGUCGCCACUGUUCAGCAGCACGGUGUUCGGCAGCUUCCCGCUCUUCAAUCACAUGAUCCCCACCGGUUUGGGACACAACGGUCUGACAUCACUUCCUCUCACGCCACCCGCGCCCAGUCCGGGCUUCCUGUCUCCUGUGGCGUAUAUGGUGGAGGCGGAGUCAGAGUCGAUGCUGAAGAGAAUACAACAUGAAAGACAUUCGAUCAUGGCUGAAGCGCUGAGUCGCGGCGGUCUGGAGUAUCUGUCUCUGAUGGAUGAUGGGAUUGAUGGAGAGAUCGGUUCUGGGAGGAAGAGGCUGAAGAAGACGGAGGAAGGACUGUACGCCUGCGACAUCUGCGACAAAACCUUCCAGAAGAGCAGCUCUCUGCUGCGCCAUAAAUAUGAGCACACAGGGAAGAGACCUCACGAGUGUCAGAUCUGUAAGAAGGCCUUCAAGCACAAGCAUCAUCUGAUCGAGCACAGCCGCCUGCACUCCGGAGAGAAGCCGUAUCAGUGCGACAAGUGCGGCAAGCGCUUCUCACACUCGGGCUCAUACUCGCAGCACAUGAACCACCGCUACGCCUUCUGCAGCCGCGACAGCGACCCGGACAUCAGCGAGCCGCCCGCCGCUUACCUGAGCGACUCCAGCAGAGACGAGGACGAGGAGGACGAGGAGGAGGAAGAGGAGGACGCUUAUGGUGGAGGAGUGAGGACAGAGCACGCAGACGAAAAACCCACAGACGGAAGCCAGAAACAGGAGAGUCCUGAUGGAGAGUGAGACCAGACGAUGCUGCAGUGUUUACCAAAGAUGUGAAACACACAUUCACCGCUGACGAGUCCUCAUUAGUGUUCAGACUGUGAACAAACACAUCCAACGCUUUUAGGCCAAAGACAGGCAUGUGACCCUGGAGCACAA